CUGAUGUCAGCACCGCCAUCAGCUGACUGCCUGUAGCUAUGAGACCCCACAGCAAUACUAGCUUCUCGUUACUUGUAAACAAGUGUACACCACGUAUUGAAUUGUAGCUUGUUACCUUAAUUAAACUGCAGUUGGAAAACCAGGGGAAACGCAUUUCACCACAAGCCGAGAAGCAAUGGAGCCUUUUUAUCUGUAUGACAUCAGGGCUGUAACCUCCAACAAAACCAUUGAGAGAAUUAUUUCACCCAUGGCAGCUCAACUUUGUCAUUUAAUGAUAGCAGCCGAGUGGGAUGGGUUGAAUAACGAGCGCCUAGCUGAUUUAGAAAAAGCUGCCGAAGAAUUAGCCAAAGCUACUGAAGAACUUGCUUAUGUUGCAAGAAGGGUGGCUCAUGAGUCCAACGAUGAGCUGCUGGCUGGGAAGAUGCUGCCUGCUGCCAAAUCUCUCCUCGCGUCUGGGAGAAGCAUCUUACUGGUGGCCCAGAAACUUCAUAUUCAGCCAGACGUUCAGAGUCAUCAGGAGGAACUGAUUGAUUCAGCAAAGAGAGUCUUAACGGAGACUGUAAAGAUCCUCCAGCUUGAAGAUGAUGCUGUAGUGACGAGGAUUAUCCAGGCCGCUCAUUGGCUUCAGGAUUGCCUGACUGCACUCGAGGUUGCAGGAGACAUACCAGCCCUGCUGGCUGCUUUCCGUGACUUUUCAGAGUCCUUGCUCUUGCUGAACAAUUUGACAGAAAGACGCAUCCAAGAGCUCCGAGAUUCUCCUCCUCAGAAGUAUUUGGCCCAGACGCUGCAGAUCCUUAGGAAGUGUGUCCCGAUGUUGCAUGCUGCAAAACACAGUCACCUGAAGCACCCCCAGGACCAGCAAGUGAGUGGUUCCAAAAACUACAUUUUCCAUUUGAUGGAUAGCACCAUAAAGGAACUGAUUUCCUUGCUGACAAACACCAGCAGAAACAAGGAACUACUGGAAAGAAAUGGGCUCUUUUCCCAGCACCUGAGCCAGCUGCUGAGCCUCCUGUCCCACGCAAACCCUGCUCACCUAGCUGAGGGCGAAUUCAGUUUGUGUGUGGAAACAGUGAUCUUCCACUGCAUGCUUCUAGCUAACUCAUCAAGGCCAAGUAUUAAGCUGCAGUUGAUAAAGCACUGCCAUCAUCUCCUAAUGCUCAAGAAAAGCAUUUCCAACUACGGCAGCAUAAUGGAGGAAUUGCCAGCACAAAGCCAACUAGAAUGUAACCUAGAAGAGAAAUGUCAUGCAAUGAGAGUUGAGGUGGAGAUUCUUGAUCAAACCAUGCUCACUGCUGUUUUGUGUCAGAUUCUGGACACUUUCACAGACAUUAACGAACCCCUGAAAAGGUUAAUGGAGGCUGCACUGGAACCUACUACUAUGCAAUAUUCUCCUGCGGGAGAGGAUGGAUUUCUAAGAAAACUUCAGCCUCUUAUUACUGCCUUCUUCAGUCAUGCUCAUCAGAUGCUCAAAGUGGCAAAUUUUGUUCUGGCCAGGUGUACCAACCUCAAAAUCUUUAAAGAAACUGAAGAUCGUGUAGACUGUUUAAAUAGACUCCUUGCCACGGUACCUCUACUCCUCACGGAAAUGAGCAAAGAUCCUAAUAAGAUUAACAUCGAGGAACAACUACAAACCUUCUAUCAAAGAUGGGCUUGGACAACAGAAAGCUUGUUAGCGUGUGUUGAUGAGACAAUCAACUUGCCCGAAUUCCUCGAUCUGUCUAUUCAGGAAAUGGCCAAUCACAGACAGUGUUGUGAACAAGAACUAGAGAGUCAGAACUCUGGAAGGUUUUCAUGGCAUGCCGCGCGUAUGACCAGCCGAGCUGCUCGCGUGAUCCAAGUUACUAACAGAUUUGUGGAUAAAGUCAGAGAUCCCAUUUUCAAGAAUGGUUUGUUAGUUUUAGUUAAGCAACUGGAAAUCUCCAUUCUGGAAGUGAGAACUGCUACUAGCCACUGUUUAGGAGGCAUCUCUUGUCUACAAACUAGAAACGCAUUUUCAAAGAGAGUAAAGCAUCUGAUGGACUCCACUCGAAAUGUCAGAGAGGGGCUGGAUGAGUCUAACCAUCCAGAUAUUCUGAGUCCGCUUCGGGAACAAAUUCGGAGCCUUGACAUUCGAAAAGAGCUGUGUUGCUUUUCAGCCCAGGACCACGUAGAGCUCAGACCACCAGAUGUCAUAAAACAGAGCACUACUGACAAUACUGAAUUAGUGGAAGAAUUUUUAAGUGAACAGCUUCCGUCAGCCACCUCUCCUCUUGAGAUGCUUCCAAGAGCAGGUAACGUAUACCCGGGAAGAGUGGAUUUACAUCCUGUGAUCAAUGAACUCAUCACUGCAGCAAAGAAACAUGAUAUUACUGCUGUAAACACUGCUUGCUUUGGUUUACUUGAACUUUCCAACUGUUGUGUAGCUGCAGCUCAGGAAGCCUUACCAAUUGUCAAGUCGCCACUGCUGGAAAAGCUGACCCACUACAGAAAGAUAGUUCUAUUAACACCAUCUGUUAUUAGCUUAGCUAGGGAGAUAGGUCCAAACCCAGUUUCCAGAACAGACAGACUUCUUCCAACAGCUGUUUUGUUAUCUGAGAAGAUUUGUGAAACUAACCAAUGCCUGGUGGCUGUGGCAGGCUCUUGGUAUAGUCUAGUCCAGCAGUUAUUCUGCACGGUAGCUCCAGCUGACUUUCUGAAGAGCAAACAAACUUUGGAUGAGAUAAUGCGGACUUUAGCAACAGUUGUUCAGCUAGCGGCUGAUGUUGCACAUACAGAUUGUAAAGAGGAGUGCACAAUAGUUCCUAAGAUUCAGGAAAGGUUUGUACGGGUCCAAGCAAAAUUCACACGUGCUCAGACUAAUACAAAGCAUUUACUUGAAAAGGCACUGUCUUCUCAUCAGGACCAUCUCGAGGGGAUCUGCCUUCUUUGGUCUGUCAGCAUACAGGUGCUCCUGAGUGCUGUGGAUCAGCUCAUAGGACGAGAUGUUUUGUUCUUAGGUGAAUUAAGGAAUACAAUGAAGCACAAGCUUCGCUUGCGGGAUGUCCUGGCAGCUGUCUCUGAGAGCUCUUUGAGAAUACAGGAGGCAGCCCGGCUGUCCUAUCUCGCCUGUGCUGAACACAGCGUGCAGCGUGACAUCCUAGUGCUCCGGGAGGAGGUAAAGGUACUAACUGAAGCUCUGUUGCAAGUGGUGGAUGUUCUGUCUGUCUCCCCAGUGCCUGCUACAAACUUGUCCAUUCGUGCUGAGCUGCUCCAACGAGAGCUUGCUGUUAGAGUGAAAGCACUUCUGCUCCUCCUGACCAGCAGCAAUCGGGAGUACACGAGAGUCAUCCAAAACAUCCUCAUACUGGCCUGGCCUCCUGCUUGUGCCCAAGGAGGUGACGGAAUGAUGGCUAAACAGGCAGGUCAGAUAAUGGCAAAUGUCCAGCUGGUCAAGACCAUCAUAGAAGAUGCUUUGGAGAACACAGCUCAUCUAAAAAUGCGGGAAAGCCUGCUCUCCCUGACAGACCACCUUCUCCUCCUUACUGCUGAGCUGCUAGGAAGAGCUGGUGAGCAGCUUCAAAGCCAGCAGGACAAGGAGCUGGUCCAGCUAGACUACAUUGCAUGGGAGUGGUCUGCUAAAGCUCACUAUGUGGUGACACAGCUUCAGUCAGUGAAGGACAUUGAUAAAGCCGCCUUGGAGCUCAUUAAGCAGUGUUUACAAAACAGCGAGUCACGUGCUGUUGCAAACCAAUGUCAUGGCAAAGCAGAGCUCUCCCCCGCCAAGAUACCCAGCACCAAACACCAGAAUCUCACACACCAAGCCAAUUCAGCAAAUGCCUGGCCUACCAUGAGUGAAUCCAGAGGUUUAACUGCCAGGGAUGCAUUUGAAAUCAUGCUCCUGAUUGACUCUCCAAACGACUCCCACUCCACUAGCAGCGAGCAGGGUAAGGGAGCCACUCCUGCUGCCCUGCCAGAGGAUGCUGGACAGUGGCAGGAUGACAGCAAUAAAAUGUCCCAAGUCACCAAGGAAAUGGCCACUGGGAUGUCUCACAUGGCACGGUUUCUAAAGAGGAAGGGACCAAUAACGACCAAAGAGCAGCUCAUUGCCUGUGCUAGUCAAAUGGCUUCCAAUGGGCAAGUGUUUGUCAGAUUUGGCCGCCUGAUUGCAAAGAACUGCCUAGAUGAAAGAUGUGCAACCGAACUGCUGUGUGUCACUGAGCAAAUCCAAACAAUCAGCAACCAGCUCAGAAUUAUUUCCAGGGUAAAAGCAGCAACAGCAGGGAGUAAGUGCUCUGCUGAACUACUGGUGAACAAUGCACAGAAUCUGUUUCAAGUGGUCCUACAGUCCCUGAAGGCAGCAGAGGCUGCGUGCGUCAAAGGUUUGCGAAAGCCAGAUCCUGACUCAGAAGAAGCAGAGGCAGCUGCCUUUUGUAUUCAGUGGAAGAAAAAGCUGUUGUGGCACAGAGUCAAAGAAACUUUAAACCCAGAUAGGGAUGAAUUCGGACUUCGCAGAACACGUGCAGGGCGUGAACCCACCCUUACAGCUAUGGUUCAGGAACCAUCGUCUCAGAAUUAAGAACUAUCUCCCCUACCCCCAAAUUCCAAACCUGUUCAACAACCAACCAUGGAGUAGGAAGGGGCCUCUGUCAUUAAUCCCUAACUCUUGCAGGAAAUGACAUCACCAAUGGGGAGGGACAAUAAUGCCACUUACCUCCUUAGAAGCUAAUAAUGAGCAAGAGACCUUCACAAAUAAGUGACAUUAGCAUAUAUAGUCUGGAGGCCCAGGCUGGUCAUUCUUGGCAAUGAAGCAGCCCCUGUAUAAAAAGCAACAACUAUGUUAUUUUAAUAGAAGUGUUCCUUAGAUACUUAUCUGAUGUGGUGUUGUAAAGGAGUAGCAAGGUAUUCCAAUGCAAGAUUUUUGUACCCAUGUACCUUUUGUGCAAGUGAAAAGGCUACAAAAAUGUACUUAAGUUGUCAAGAUAAGUUUGAAAGAAAAAAUGACCAA